GGAGCCGCGUUCCAGGCCUCCGGGAGCCUCCGCUGCGAGUCCCCGGGCGGCCCUCCCUUCCCCCUCUCCCGGCGACCCGAAGCCGCGCGGGGCCGGGGCCAUGUGUCGCGCGCGGCUCCGCCUCCCGCCGGUCCUCUGAGGCGGCGGCCGGGGGGAACACAGAGACAGCCAGGCGCAUAUCCGGGCUGUACGUUGCCCAUUGCGGGUGCGUCGGACUUCGCUGGGGCCCUGCCUUUUUCUCUGGUCUGGACCACCCGGAUGGGGCUCUCCGGGCCCCGCCCCAUCUGGCCUAGCCCCGCCUGCGGGAGUCCUGCAAGCUCUGCAGGCAGGCUAGCGGGCCGACCCCCGCCCCAUGUGUCCUGCUGCACGCCUGCGAAGGAUCGGGGGAUGGGCAAGCGCCACCCGGCCCGCUCCGGAAUCAGCACUGGGUCUCAAGGAGGCCGGGUGACACUCCAGAAUGGGAGACAAGCCAAUUUGGGAGCAGAUUGGAUCCAGCUUCAUUCAACAUUACUACCAGUUAUUUGAUAAUGACAGAACUCAACUAGGCGCAAUUUAUAUCGAUGCAUCAUGCCUUACGUGGGAAGGACAACAAUUCCAAGGGAAAGCUGCCAUUGUGGAGAAGUUGUCUAGCCUUCCAUUCCAGAAAAUCCAGCACAGCAUCACGGCACAGGACCAUCAGCCCACACCAGAUAGCUGCAUCAUCAGCAUGGUUGUGGGCCAACUCAAGGCUGAUGAAGACCCCAUCAUGGGGUUCCACCAGAUGUUCCUAUUAAAGAACAUCAACGAUGCUUGGGUUUGCACCAAUGACAUGUUCAGGCUUGCCCUGCACAACUUUGGCUGACCUCCUCCUAGCCAGGCACUCAUGCUGUUUCCUCCUCCCUCCUCUUCCCAGUACUAUUCACACUCCUCCAGAUGCUCCAAAUAUCAUACACAAACAAGCAGGGCCACGGUGGGAGUGGGCGCAGUGCGCUGCUGCUACCGAGGUGUUGUGCAUGAUGUUUGGAUACUAGACUAGCUGCAUCUGGCAGGAGAAGUUUGUGUUGUACCAGCGCAUGCCUUGGAAAGACUUAAGUAAUGCAAAAGGUUGUCUUUUUUUUUUUUUUUAAUCUACUGACAAGUUGCUCUAGUAACCCAAAGAAGUGAAGGAGAAAGCAGCUGCCUCACCACCCAAAUAUUGAUUUGUUCAGAUGUUUCAAUGCCUCAUGAUACAAUAAAACCACAAAAAUUUUCUUAACAGUUUAAAUUGUUUUAAUUAGUUUAAUAGAUGGCUGGGCAUUGAUAACUACCCUUCCCCAUUGGCUCUCUUGUGUCUCAUGCUCCCACCUCUACUCCAGCUCAGCAAUACCUGUUGCAAGGAGAAAACUUGUGAAGCAGCACUCCCAGCUAGCCUCUCAGAAACCCUGUGGGGCAUAGUGUUCCCCUCCCAGCCCUCCUGGUCUUAGGAAAGUGAGCUGCAGACAGAACUGACUCAGGUCUCACCUGAAGUUUCCCUUGCAUUGAAGCCUCUGUAGUCAGUUCUGACAUCUUCCGUGACCUCUACAAUGCAUAGAGUCAUGGUUCUAAUAACAGGAGAGAUGGUCCAGAAUUCCUGUUGAAGACAGAGAGGUCUUGGCAAAAAGGUCCAUCAGCAUCAGGCCCUUUGGACUGAGGGCCCAGCAAGACCAAGUAUGAGCAGAGAGGUUUGAAGGAGAGGCACCUGUUCUAUCCCCAAAAUGGUCAGGAUCACAUCCAGGGUGCCCCCACAAACCCCAGGCCAAACAGAGGGCAGCUCCAAUCCUGUACCAUCUACUGCAGAUACCAUUGCCCAAAGUGAAGUGGCCAGAACAGCCAACCUCCAAUGCCCAGAGCCAGGCUCAGUUGGAAUAUAGAUUUAGAGCUGUGAAAGAAGGCAAUCUGAACUUGAGUUUGAGGGAGUUGUGCUCUAGGAUUUCUCACGCCUCAGACCUUUACAAAGCAUUUGUAGACCUCCUAUUCCCUUAUCAACACACACAUUCACACUGUCUUCAAUUCCCAGGAAGUCUUCGCUGCUGAAGCAGUUUCUUAGUUUGGGGGAUUAGAGGCUUUGCCCAGUGCAGAUCUAGCCUGAGACUUCUGGUGGUAUAAACAUGGUGGCAAGGUAGCAGCUGCAGGCCAGAGCCAAGCCCAGGACUGGGGCUGGUGGUCCAUUAGGGUUUUAGGAUUGGUGAGGGGACCACAGCUAUGUCUGACCUGCACUCCUCCCUUCCCUUUUACUCCUGUACAAUGGAUGGAGGCCAAGGACUUCCACACAGGUUGCCUGGCUACGCUGGGCACAGGGCUGUAUGAUGUGCUGUUUGAGGACAGUAUACUCAGGAGAUUUCAGUGGGACUGAUUUCUGGGUUGCUGUGUAUUUGGGGGUUGGGGGAUGGGGAAAGAGGUAGAUACCUGCUGCCUCUUAAACCACCCUGUAUAAAAUCUGCAAUACAGCUUCUUCCAUGUACCUGUGCCUGAAAUGUCUGCAAUAAAGAGGUGUUUGUAAA